AUGGUAGUUAACAGUGGAUUGGUUCACAACGUGUUUAUUGACACUCGCUGGGCAAUAGAGGUCCCAGAGGAAUACAGUAGAAGUUAG